GCGGGCGGGCUGGGGCUCGGCCGCGCAGUGCCAGCGCCAGCACCAGACCCGCGCCCCGCGCUCUCCCGACCGCCGCCUGCGUUCUGGCUCGAGAGCCCGAGCUCCCGCCCGCCGGUGCGCUGCCCGAGUAUGGAGCUGCUGUGCUGCGAGGGCACCCGGCACGCGCCCCGGGCCGGGCCGGACCCGCGACUGCUGGGGGACCAGCGUGUCCUGCAGAGCUUGCUCCGCCUGGAAGAGCGCUACGUGCCCCGUGCCUCCUACUUCCAAUGUGUGCAGAGGGAGAUCAAGCCGCACAUGCGGAAGAUGCUGGCGUACUGGAUGCUGGAGGUCUGUGAGGAGCAGCGCUGUGAGGAGGAAGUCUUCCCCCUGGCCAUGAACUACCUGGAUCGCUACCUGUCCUGCGUCCCCACCCGAAAGGCGCAGUUGCAGCUCCUGGGUGCGGUCUGCAUGCUGCUGGCCUCCAAGCUGCGCGAGACUACGCCCCUGACCAUCGAAAAACUGUGCAUCUACACCGACCACUCUGUCUCUCCCCGCCAGCUGCGGGACUGGGAGGUGCUGGUCCUGGGGAAGCUCAAGUGGGACCUGGCAGCAGUGAUUGCCCAUGAUUUCCUGGCCCUGAUUCUGCACCGGCUCUCUCUGCCCCGGGACCGACAAGCCUUGGUCAAAAAACAUGCCCAGACCUUCUUGGCCCUCUGUGCUACAGAUUACACCUUUGCCAUGUACCCGCCAUCCAUGAUCGCCACAGGCAGCAUUGGGGCUGCAGUGCAAGGCCUGGGUGCGUGUUCCACGUCUGGGGACGAGCUCACAGAGCUGCUGGCAGGGAUCACAGGCACUGAGGUGGUCUCUGCUACUCGCUGUGUUCCAUGUCUUAAGUAAAUGGUACUACUGUCCACCAAAUGCUGAGCCAGAUCCCAGGACCCUGAGAUCAUGACCUGAGCAGAAGUCAGAUGCUUAACCGACUGAACCACCCAGGCGCCCCCAGGUAUUUCCAUUUUUAAUGGAGUGGACAGGAUAGGCCUCUCCGAGAAGAUGAAGAAUCAGGGAAUAAACCUACAAAGGAAUGAAGACAAAAAGAAUAAGAAGGGCAAAAGCCCUAACUUACUAUGUUUAAGGAACAAUAAAGCCUGUAUGGACAAAGAGGACACGGGGAAAGUAGUAGAAGAGGUCAGAUUGGCAAAGGGGCAGAUCAUGCAGGUCUUUGAAGUCCUCCAGCUGUUGCGAGUAGAUCUAAGGGGGAUGGGAUACUAAUCAGGAAGCUACAACAAUAAUCCAGGUGAGAGAUUAUGGUGAUUCAAACAGGACUGUGUUCCAAGCUGAUGAGAAGUGGUCUGACUCUGGAUCUAUUUUGAAGGUAGAGUCAACAGGAUUUCCUAACAAAUUAGAUGUGAAGUAAGAAAGAGAGGAGUCCAAGGUUUCUGUCUUGAGCAAAUGGAAGGAUAUCAUCCUGUUAACUGAGAUGAGGAGGACAGUGGGAGGAGCAGGUUUGGCAAGAAUAUCAGGAUUUCUGUUUUGGACACAUUAAAUUUGAGAUGUCUAUUAGACUUCAAAUGGGAGAUGUCAAACAGGCAGCUGAAAUAGAAGAAUCUGAUUUUCAUGGAAGAGAUCUGGGCAAGAAUACAAAGUGAGGAGCAAUCACUAAGUAGAUGGCAGUUAAACCAUGAAACUGAUGACAGCACCAGAAAAGUGACAUGAAGAGAAGAGAUCCAAGAACUGAACCUUGUGGCCCAUCAAUGAUAAGAGGCUGGGGACAAAAGAGGAGCCAGCAAAAGAUACUGAAGCCAGGAGGCCAGUGUUCAAUUGUGUCCAAUACCGCUCUCAAGACAAAUGAAAGAGAUCUGAGAGACAGAUUAAGCGACUUGGAGGUCAACACGUCCACCCUAAUAAUAUUGACCAACUUUUAAUUAGUCUCUCUCCCUCUUGAACACCUAAACAAGAUCAUUCUUUCUGCUCAGAGCACUCUCCACUCGUUUUUCAGGUCUCAGCACAAAGGUUAUGCAAUCUGGGAAGCCUGACCCCCAAAAGUAAUGCUACUUAGAAAGAGAAACUAUACUUUCUUUAUUCUGGAAUGUAUUAUUCUAAUCAU